ACCAAAUCAUCACUGACAUAAUUACAUAACUGAAAUGUUUAAAACUAUAGUUUUAUACUUUUCCUUUAACCCCACAUCAGUUAGUUUUCAAAGGCAAAAUUGUAAGGAUUUGUAUUCAUUUCAGUUAAUAAACAUUUAUAUUUGGACUUUUCUUAGUAUUUAAUACUUCAAUAAAAAUGUACUGUUUGCAAUGAACUAUCACAAUUACCUCAUUUAUGAAUGGACCAUAAACACACCUUGAAAACAUGUAAUGUCACAUACCUUUGUACUAUAAUCACUCACACGUUACGUAACAUCAAUACAAUAUGUCAAUGUGUCAUAUUCAAGCCAAUACACAAGCACUUCAUCAAGCGACGCUGAAACUUGAGUCGGGGUCCCUUGGAAGUCCCCCCUGCCUCUGUGAUCCACCACAUCAGCUUGGCACAGUCAGGCCGGUGUACGGCGCAGUUUGUCCAGCAGGUGUCGCUGCGUGCUGCGGGCAGACACAGUGGAGAAGAGACGGGGCCUGGCCUGGGAAUUCGCUGCUCGCUUCCCAUUCUUCCUAUGCAGACAGACACACAACAUGGCGGACUAGAAUAGUCGGCCGACGCGCCCGGAUACAGCGGAUAAACCGUGGGAUUUAACACCCAGGAAGACGGAGAAAGUACACCGUGAGGACACGGUACGUGAGGACGGAGUGAGGAUUUCUGAGGGAGUGCAGUCCUCGCUUGGAUUUAGCAGAUAAACUGACCGCGAAGUGUUGGCUGUGUGUCCCAGAUCGUGCUUCCCUCCUCUGCUAUCACCCAGGUCCCCCCACCCCGCUCACACUCGGUUCCUGGGGUGUGGAGACAGGGGCCGGGGUUGAAAACGUGGAAGGAGAAAGAGAGGAUAAAACCCUACUUGGCUUCCCCCCUCCUCCAACCACUCCUCGGGUUUCCUCUGGGCGCUACAAGAGUUGUGGACCACGCUGUGCGAAUGAGUGAUUGAUGCCAACUUCGCUUCUUCAGGGCAGAAUGGGUGUGUGUCCCCUGCUCCUGCUGUUCGGUUUAGCCCUCAGGGCCUCAGCCCAGGAUCAUGUCCCCAUCACAAGUCCUCCAAAUAUCACUGCCAAACCCACAGACCCCCCUGUCGCACCCUCCCUCAACUUUACAGUCGCACACACACAAGCCCUCACAGGCCCACCCACGGCGCUCGCCCCCACAGUCAUCUCAGUGACGAAAACAAUAACAGCAACAACAACCACAAGCCCAGCUGGCGGGGAUGAUGUACAACCAGCAGGUCCCAAUGGUACCGGACGGUUGCUACCAGUUCCCCCACCUCCAGCUCCAACUGAUGCCCCUCAAGCACCACCACCAACCACAGAGCCUCCCCUUCUUCCCACCCCAGCAGGGGAAGACAAUGGGACCACAGCUUUCCCUCCAGACACCCCAACUCCAGAGACUACUGAUGAGGACACAGUCCUUAUGGAGACGGAGACCACCACAGGUCCUGAGACGGACUUCACCCCAGACACCACCCCACACGACAACAACCCGUCGGAUGACAUGCCAAUCAUAGCCGUCAUGGUGGCCCUGUCCUCCCUCCUGGUCAUCAUUUUCAUCAUCAUCAUCCUCUACAUGCUCAGGUUUAAAAAGUACAAGCAGGCAGGAAGCCAUUCAAACUCCUUCAGACUGACCAAUGGUAGAUCGGAUGAUACAGAACUCCAGAGCGUCCCACUAUUGGCCCGGUCACCCAGCACAAACAGGAAGUACCCGCCACUUCCCGUCGACAAGCUUGAGGAAGAAAUGAACCGUCGCAUGGCUGAUGACAACAAGCUCUUCAGGGAGGAGUUUAAUGCGCUGCCAGUCUGCCCCAUCCAGGCAUCAUGCGACGCCGCUUCCAAGGAAGAGAAUAAAGAAAAGAACAGAUAUGUCAACAUCCUGCCAUAUGAUCACUCCAGGGUGCAUCUCUCAUCUCUGGAGGGAGUCCCCGACUCUGACUUUAUCAACGCCUCUUUUAUAAAUGGUUACCAAGAGAAGAAUAAGUUUAUUGCAGCUCAAGGGCCGAAAGAGGAAACGGUAAAUGACUACUGGCGGAUGAUCUGGGAGCAGAACACAGCCACCAUUGUCAUGGUGACCAAUCUGAAGGAGAGAAAAGAGUGUAAGUGUGCCCAGUACUGGCCGGACCAGGGCUGCUGGACAUACGGGAACAUCCGUGUGUCUGUCGAAGACACAAUGGUUCUGGUGGACUACACCAUCCGCAAGUUCUGCAUCCAACAGGUGGGAGAUGUGUCUGGAAAGAAGCCUCAGAGGCUCGUCACUCAGUUCCACUUCACCAGCUGGCCAGAUUUCGGGGUGCCCUUCACCCCUAUUGGGAUGCUAAAGUUCCUUAAGAAAGUCAAGAAUUGCAACCCUCAGUAUGCCGGCCCCAUUGUGGUCCAUUGUAGCGCGGGCGUUGGGAGGACAGGUACUUUCAUUGUAAUUGACGCCAUGUUGGACAUGAUGAUCGCUGAGAGGAAGGUGGACGUGUUUGGCUUUGUCACCAGAAUCAGAGCCCAGCGCUGUCAGAUGGUCCAGACUGAUAUGCAGUACGUGUUCAUCUUCCAGGCGUUGUUAGAGCACUACCUGUACGGAGACACAGAGCUGGAGGUGACCUCUCUGGAGUCCCACCUGGCCAAACUCUACGCCCCCUCACCUGGAGCUGGCUGCAGUGGUCUGGAGGCUGAAUUCAAGAAACUGACAUCCAUCAAGAUUCAGAAUGACAAGAUGAGAACAGGCAAUCUUCCCGCCAACAUGAAGAAGAACAGAGUCCUGCAGAUCAUUCCAUACGAGUUCAACAGAGUGAUCAUUCCAGUGAAACGAGGAGAGGAGAACACAGACUACGUCAAUGCCUCUUUCAUUGAUGGCUACCGUCAGAAGGACUCCUACAUGGCGAGCCAGGGCCCCCUGCAGCACACCAUCGAGGACUUCUGGAGGAUGAUCUGGGAGUGGAGAAGCUGCUCCAUAGUCAUGCUCACUGAGCUGGAGGAGAGGGGGCAGGAAAAAUGUGCUCAGUAUUGGCCCAGUGAUGGAGCGGUGGUCUAUGGGGACAUCUCCAUUGAGAUUAAAAGGGAGGAGGAGAGCGAGAGCUACACAGUGCGUGACCUCCUAGUCACCAACAACAGGGAGAACAAGGCUCGAGCGGUGCGUCAGUUCCAUUUCCACGGCUGGCCGGAGGUGGGCAUCCCCACUGACGGUAAAGGCAUGAUCAACAUAAUUGCUGCGGUGCAGAAACAGCAGCAGCAGUCUGGCAACCACCCCAUCACAGUGCACUGCAGUGCUGGUGCUGGCCGGACAGGGACUUUCUGUGCGUUGAGUACGGUCCUGGAGAGGGUGAAGGCAGAAGGCAUCCUCGACGUUUUCCAGACAGUCAAGAGCCUCAGACUGCAGAGACCCCAUAUGGUGCAGACACUGGAGCAGUACGAGUUCUGCUACAAAGUGGUCCAGGAGUACAUCGAUGCCUUUUCUGACUACGCCAACUUCAAGUAGGGACCUGUGGUGGAUGGAUGGAUGUCCGCAUACACUUAAUACAAGCAUAAUGCACGCACCAGAACACACACCACAUACAUCACCAUGCAGGAAGCUGCAUAUUCCCAUCUGAUGGAUUUUUAAAAAAAUAAAUAAAUGAAAAGACUCAUCACAACAUGACCUGUGGAUGGGAUAAACUGCCCGGAGGAAAAGGGAACAGAGGCCUCGGCCCAGAGGACAGGGCAGCGCAGUCGGACAGAGAAAAUAACUGAGAUGCCUUCUUGAAUAUUUUGUAAUAUUGGUCUUGUUAAUACAGCCCUUCAACGCCAUUCCCCUCCCCCCCCGCCCUCCCCCCCAUAUGUAUAUAUACUUACUGUGUUGCAUCUUAUUACUUUGGUUUCAGACACAGUUUUGAGUUUGGCUGCAUUUUCGGGUGGCACAAGUAAUGUAUUUUAUUUGUAUAUAUAAAUAUAUAAAUAUAUAUGAAUAUAAAUCUAAUGCUUUGGAGGCUAAUGUACAAAAUCCAGAGUCAAGGUAAUGAUGUUUGGAUUCCUUUUGUUUUUUUUUUUAAUUCUUUUUUUUUUUAGGGACAGAGACUUUAAACAUUGUUGGCUUUGCCAGAGUCACGCUGUAGCAACAUGUGUGGUAGCAGAACCCUGAUCAUUUACAGACAAAACUCAAACCAGACAAAAGAAAAUGAAACACUCGUACAGUACAAACACACGCGAACAGAGCCAUUUUUUCUUCAUACAGAUUUAGUCCCAUCUAUUGAGCCAAUUACAAUUUUCAGGGGUUCACGAGUUGAAAGGUCUCUCACGAACAGCGAUCAGAAUCUCUGCAAUGUAGCUCAUAGACUCAGGUUGACACACACACACACACACACACACACAAGCAAGCAUACACACUAAAUACCAGGAGCCAUUCUUUUUCUUUUUUUUUGUUGUUGUUUUUUUGAGCAUCUGUGUGUGUGUGUGUUUGUUUGAAUUGGAGCAUAAGCUGGCAGAGGAUACACUUUCUGCAAUCCACCGAGUUCCAAAGUCCUUCACUCACUUGGUUAUGCAGCUCCGGAGUCUGAGACACUCUACCAACCAUGUUUAAACGUUCAGUACAAGAAAGCUAUUUUACCGUCUAGGCUCCGAUAGCCAACACGUUCCUGGAUUAUGACAGGAAACGGGAAAGGAGAAUAUGGAUAUAUAUGUCUUUUUUACCCUAUACAAAAAUUUAAGGAAUAGGAGAAUUGGUCAAGCUUUAAUGUAAAAUCUUUAUAUUUUAUUUGAUGGUCUGUUACAGUAUCAGCAGCUGUGUUGAUCAUGUUGACAAGCCAAAUCACGAAGAAAACAAUCACAAGUUACUCCAUUAUUACAUCAUAGACUUCAGAUGCUAUAUACCCAGCAUAUUUUGUUUCUUGUUUACAGACACGCGUCAGUAUUUCUUGUAGAUUAUAUUGAGCAUUUCUUUUCUGUAUGGGUUUCCUUUGAGUCUGCCUGAAUUAACUGUCUUUUUUUUAUAUAUAUAUAUCUGCCUCUCAUCACUACGCUGUACUGUCACCCUCCAAAAGAAUGAUCCCUUUUUAUUUCCCAUCAUGAACACUGAUGUCGAAGAAUGUUUUUUUUUUUUUUUUUUUUUCGAAUGCUGUUGCUAACAUAUUUUUCAGAAAUGAUGGAUUCAUUGUUACUUUAAUAGUGAGGUGUGCCAUGCAAUGUUUGCUCUGAUUAUAUAUAUAUUUUAAAUGGCUGUCCUGUGAGGACACUCAGACUUGAACUUCAGUGGAUCUUUUUAGAUGAGGUCACAGUUGAGGCCAUGCCCUUUUUAUGAUUGUAGUGAAAGAUGAAUAAUGUCACUUAACCGCAGGGCUUUAAGGUCAGUCCUAAUUUCAACUCGGUCAUCUCAGGAAAUGACUGAUGCCAUGAUUGUUUAAAUUCACAAAUUGAACAAAUUCAGCUCGAGUUAAUCUCCACUGCAGGCUCAAACUGUUUUAACAAUAUAUCACAAGCCACAUUUUAACAGACUUUAUUGCCAUGAGUUUCUAUUGCUUUUAGGAGUUUUUAAGCAUUUUUUUUUCAUGUAGAGUUUAACUGAAAACAACCCUGUACUUUAACACUAUUUACAUCACACUAAGUACCACGUUACACUAACACUCCCACAUGUAAUUACUUUUUAGUAAUAGAAGGAGCACAAUCAAAUUAAAUUUAUUGAUAGUAGACGUCAUUAAAAGUACAUGCUGAUUUUUUUCAGGAAGGGUGAUUGUGUCAAUGUUGAUUGUUUGAACACUCAUGCACUAUUUGCACCAAAAGCAAAGCCCUUAAAAAUAUGGAACCAAAUGAAAGAUAAGGUCAGAAUGAUUAUAUGACCUUUGAUAUCAGAAUAUGAGAAACUAUAUUUAAACUCUCAAGAAAGUCUUUCAGGUCUCAAAGGACUUCAAGUAGCAGAUAUUUUAAUUGACCGGUCACUGAAACUGUUGGCUGUUUGUGCAUCGUCAUCGUCAUUUCAGGUUUUCUUCCGUUCCAAAGCAUCACAAGUGCCCGCACGCUUAGUUAGGUGCCAUUAUGUUCUUCAUGUAUUUGCUUUGUCACUUAUUGGGUCUUUAAUCAAUAGAGGGGAUUCUUUUUGUAUGGCUAUUCUGUCUGUGCUUCAAUAACGUGAGUUUAUUGUGUAUGUUUGGAUCAUGUGAUCACUUUGUCUCACUGCAAUUUGACAGAAAAACAUGACACUGUGCCAACCCAUGAGACCCACUAUUUUGCUAUUAUAGUGAACUUAAAAAAGUGCCUCACUAGUAGGUUUUCCAAAAAGAAAAACUUUAUUUUCUCAACUCUACAUUCAUCAUGUGGUUGAAAAGCCAUUGUCCUAAAAGCUGUCCUUUUGCAUUUUCCCAACUAUCACAAGUAGACCAAUGACAAACCUCUGUAUGACGAGUCAACAGGGCCAAAACCAAGACUGGGUCAGUCAUCCUUCCUUUUUUACAUUCCCUCUAGUCGCCUAUAUAUAGAUUACUUGAUUGUGCGGGUCAAACUAAUGUUGAGGUCACUUUUCAAUUGGAAUUCCAUCUUUGAUUUCAUGGCUUCAUUUCAUUCCAUAUCACUUCAACGUGGGGUCCAUGACAAGUAAUCAAUUCUGGGUACCCGAAUGUUCAACAAAAAUUCAUAGAUUCUUCCCAUAGCAAGUACAAUUGUAUCUUUUUAUCACCAAGGAAAACCAGUUUUCCCUGUUUCACAUCCCUUUAUUCCCGGAGCUUUGCCCCAGUGGAGCAUUUUGAAUGCCCCAGAGAAUCAAAAAAACGUCUCUAGAGGAAGACUAGAGUCCAACUUUGCUCUUCUUCUUUCCACCUUUUCUAUGUCCUUUAUGUCUCCUAUCCAAGUCCGCUCACUGCUGUCCUGUUGCUUACCCCUUUCACUUUCCUUGGACCAUUUUCCCCCAGUGGUCACUGCCCACUCCCUUUUGUACAUAAUGUAAGGUUAUUUAUAUUUCAUUCCUGUCUACUGCCUUGCUUAUUAUUUUUCUCCUCUUCCCCCCUUCUGUUAUUUUUC